AUGGACCACCAAGACCUGAAGCCCGUCAUCUGGCACAAAACGGAGAAGAAGCCCAAGCCGAAGAACAUAGGGGAGGCGAGAAAGCUAGGCAUCGAUGUGGAGGUAGAGAAAAAAUUCCUCGGAGGAAAAAACAAAUCUUGCAAGGGAAAUUUAAUAAUAGAAAACAAAGCCAAGAUAGAACAGGAAACCGAAAACUUCCGCAUCGACAGGGUUACGCCAGUCUUUUCCAGAGCCUUGCAACAAGCGAGAAUUAAUAAAAAACUAACACAAGCUCAGCUAGCUAGACUAGUCAACGAAAGUGAGUCCGUUAUAAAAGAGUACGAGAAUGGGAAGGCCAUCCCAAAUAAUGUGAUAAUUCAGAAGCUGAACCGGGUCCUGGGUAUUAAUUUACCUUCCCCCAAGAAGAAGUGA